AUGAAUAAUAUCUACAAUGUUAUUAUUUUGGCCUUUGUUGAUUCAUUCAAUGUGAACGGAGUACCACAGUUGAGUCUUGAUGGUUGUCAUGGACAAGACUGUUCAGGAUUAGGUCCACAAAUUCGAUCAUGUCAAAAUAAUGGUAAAACAAUAAUGCUUUCAACUGGAGGAGCUUCCGGAUCGUAUAAAUUAACAUCUACAAAUUAUGCAAAACAGGUAGCUAAACAUGUAUGGAACAUGUUUUUAAAUGGGAAAGGCGAAAAACGUCCAUUUGGUAAUGGAAUUGUAUUAGAUGGUAUUGAUUUUGAUAUUGAAAAAGGAGCAAAGCAAGCAAAUGGCCAUUGGGUGACAUUAAUUAACCAAUUACGUAAAUUAAUGAAAGCUGAUAAAUCGAAACAUUAUUAUCUUAGUGGCGCACCACAAUGUCCAUUUCCCGAUGAAUGGUUCGGACCCGGCCCUCAUACGGCCAUAAGUGAUGCCGAUCUUGAUUUCAUAUCCAUACAGUUCUAUAAUAAUGGUUGUGGUAUUCAAGCUUUUUUUGGUAUACAAAUACUCGGUGGUGGAACGUUUAAUUUUGGUCAGUGGUCGAAUGCUGUGACUAAAGCAAAUAAAAAGAUGAAAAUUCUCUUAGGUAUACCAGCAUCGAAAUUAGCUGGUAGAGGAUAUCAGUCGGCUCAAAACGUUACAAAAAUUGUUCGUAAAAUAAAAAGAACUGCAAAUUUUGCAGGUAUAAUGAUGUGGGAUGCAGGUGAUGCUAAAUGGAACAAUAAUUAUGGUCAGCAAAUUCGACGUUCAUGUCUGUCAUAA